CGGACGGGAAGUGGCUGAUCGUCAAGUUCUUGCAGUUCUUGCAACCAGAGAAGUAUUCCACCGUACAGGCCGACAUGAUCGUCGGCCACUUCCACGUCGUGGACUGGCGGCCCGACCGAUACACGACGGUCAAGACGCUCCAGUUGAUGCUCGAGAAGUUGGGCGGCCUCAUAUGGAAGUACUGGCAGUUCGAAGAGCCCGCCGCCGCGGCCGCUCCCCCCGGCGAGGAUGAGGUCAGCGAGAGGAAGCGCAUCCUCACCGCUGGCUUCCAAUUCAUCAAGGAUGAGGAUCCCCGCGGGAAUUUUGACUGCGAGCAGCUCUUGUGGGUCGAGCACCAGAUGGUCGACCCGAGCAGCCCCGUCUACGCUUUCAAGCGGGAGCUGAUCGACAAAGUGCUGCGCAAGAUCUCCGAGCGCGACAACUUCGCCGUCACGCAGACGUACUACCCAUGUCUGCUCGGCGAUAUUCGGCCAGAAUACAUGGAGAUGGCGAGGUUCGGGAAAACGCCGCUGAUGACGAUCCUGGCGAUGGCAGUGGCUCGCUUCCACGCUGACGCCGCGGGCAAGGGUGACCUUGCAGCGGUCCGCACGUCUCCUGAGAUGGACUUCUUCAGGGGCGAGGUCGGCCAGAAGUGGGUGCCCUGCAUUUUCGACGACGGUGACUCGGGGGACAUCGAGGGCGCGUCGUCAAAUGACCAGCGCCCGCGCGUCCUGAAGUCGUUCUUUGACCCGUCGCAGGCGGAGGCUAUGACUUAUGUCCGCUGGGGAGCCACCAAGUUUGUGCGCGGCCAGGCGCGAUUCGGAGGUGACAACGAGUAUGACGCCGACGCGGAGCCAUCCGUGCGCGACUGGGCCCUGGCCACGCACAGCUUGGACCCCAAGGCGGAGACGACCAAGCACCUGCUCAGCAUGAUCAAGCCCGCGCUCCCACCGAACAUCUCGAUGUCGAACGUUGGCGCCAUGCUGAAGCGGUGCAACAUCGCUCUGAACACGCGGACAUAUGUGUUCUUCCGCCCCGCGGGCGUGAGCGAGGCCGUGCAGAAGCUGCCGCUUCUCGACGGCUACAUCCUCUCCUCCGCGGGGACUGCCCUGCGCGAGUUCCUCAAGAACGACAACAACCGUCGCGACCAGGAGGAAUUCGACCGCUUGCUGUCGUUCGAGAAGCGCGAGGUCAAACGCUUGAUGGGGCACGUCGAGGAGGACGGGAACAGCGCAGCGCCGUCCGCGCACGUAGCGCCAGUCGGCCGCGAAGGCACGGGCGGACGCGAUGGCGACUCGGAGCCCGAUGUAUUCGGCCUCGGCGGCGGCAUGGACGGCAGCGUUGAGAUCGCGGAGGCGGCAGCGGACGCCGACGGUUCAGUGGCGGCCGCGGCCGCGUCGACGCGCGGCCCCAUGCUCCAGGCUGCGCGCGCGCACGCAGGCUGGCGCAACGUGAUCCAGCACGACACCGUGGACGGCGUGGUCAUCCGCGUCGACGGCCUUUUCUUCAUCAGGAUCCACGACAGCGACGACGAGGGGCGACUCUCUCACGGAGACGCUCUGCGUGUCGGCGACGAGGUGACUGGCAUGACCGUCGCAACGGUCACUGGCGGGGUGGUUCGCCUGCGCGGCGGGGUCAAAGGCAAUCUCGCCCAGGUGGUGAAAGCCGGUGCUGCAGCUCCGCCGGCGCCAGCGACGAUUCUCUCGGGCGUGAAGGGAGAGCCCCCGUCGUCGCCGCCGCCGACUCAGGGCGGAUUGAUGAGGCACGGCCGCAGCUUUGGCGAUCGCCUGAAGCCUCCGAGGGCGCGCGAGAUCGAGCUACUGUCAUCCUCGCCCACGCCGAAGAAACAUCGGAGCGCCCAGAGAAUCGACGACGUCUUGCAGAACGCGGUGGAGGAGAUCAUGCGGGAUGAUGGGGUGGAUGGGGUGCGCUUGCAGAACAGCGGCAACGCCAGCGGCCCGUCUGGCGCGGGUGCGGCCAGCGAUCCAAGGGGGGCAGCGGCGACCUCCGCUGUCGGCGCGGCGGCGGUCCACCUGUCCAGUCUCGGCGGCGCGCGCAGCGCGCCGCGUGUCCUGUUGGCCGAGCCCGCUGAUUGGCCUGGGGCGAUGUGCGGAUACGUGGUGGAGGUGGGCACGCACUGCGAGCGCUACAUGCCCAUCGGCGCCGACGGCACCCAGAUGACGAAUUUCAUGCUGGAGGACGGCUUUGCGACGUGGGUAUGGCGCACGCAGGUCUCCAACAUGCGCAUGCUGGGUGACGGCGGUUGCGAAUCGCUACUCAUGAUGUUGCCGCCGCGCGUGAGGGGCCAUGUCUACGUGCAGCUGCACGAGCGCGGGUACCUGGGUGAGCCGAUGGCCUCGAAGGUGUACAUGGCGGGCCUCCUGCUCCUCGCUGGCGCGCCCGACCCGCACAUGCAUUAUUUUCAGCGCAAUAUGAACGCCGAGCACUUCAUCGCUGCUCACCCGUACCAUAGCGCCUGCCUGGCAGAGGCAUUGUCGUGCGCGCUGAGCGGUCUCGGCAUGGAGGUCGAGAUCUCCCGCGAUGGCCCCUUCACUCUGGAGGACGCCAAUGACGCGCUGGCAGAUUGCUCAAUGAAGCUGCGCGUCGCCUCUGCUGCUUUUCCGAAUGGCGAGUACAUUUUGCUCCACAGUUUUCAUUUCUCGCACAUCCGCCUCCUGGGCGGCAUCGCGAUGUGGAACAAUGGCCCGUGCUCCAUGAUCAUGCCGCGCGAGAUUGGCUGCAAGCUCCUCGGCCUGCGCAACGGCAUUGCGUGCGUGCUCGUGCAAGAGGGUGCAUCCAUGAAUUCGCCGGAUUUCUGGCGGCCCGCACUCGCGGGGGCAGGCAAUCGCUGA